UAAUGCAAAAAAAAAAAGGACAUUCUAAGAAUCUUUCAAAAUAAGCUAUUGAUUUAAUUAAUUACUAUAAUAACUUAAGGACAUCAAUAACUAAUGAAUUUGCCAUGAUGAAUUUGAAUAAAAAAACCUCAUUAUAUAUAGCUGAUCAACGUAAUUCAUUUAAUAAUACUAAUAGCAAUUGCUGAAGAAGAUGUUGAGGAUUCUCCAAUUAGACUAAAAAGAAAUUGUUCUAAGACAGAACAUAUUAAUAUCAAUAUAUAUACAUAAACAUAUGAUUUAGAUGAAGAAUUACAAUAAGAUGUAAAAUAGUUAAAAUAAACUUUGAAUUAAAGUACAAAUUAUCUAAUACAAUUAGGAAUAACUUAAUUAAAUAGCAUAAUAAAUCAAUCAGAAAAAAUGAAAAGUCAGAAAAAUUAAAAUAAUAAAGAAAAUUAAUGUUAAAAUAAUCAAAAUUUUUUCAAUAAGAUAUCCAUCAAAAAAAGAGUUUGA